AUGCCGCCCAAAAGCGAGGAGCAGGCCUUCUGUCACAUUUGCGAGACAAUGGUGCUCCGCAGAAACCUCUACAGGCGUAUGAGCGACGUGCACAAGUAUACGCAAGAUGAGAUAAAAAGAAUGAAGGAUGACUAUAGGAAGGAGAGUCAGUCGCGUGCCAGUAAAUUGACAGUCUCCUGUCCGGCUUGUGGAGACAGAUUUGUCGACCAUGAACAUCUCGCCAGUCACUGCGCGAAUGGCGCAGAGCGAAACUAUACCGUCUACUCCCUAACAUUCCAGACUAAAGACGAGUUUGAGGUUCGAAUUUAUUACAUUGGAUUCAACAUCAUUGAGAAUCAAAUUCCCUUAGGUUUUCCUUCGCGAGCAGUGUGA